AUGAGUUUAAGUAAAGAAUUAGUGAAACAAUUGGAAGAUAUGGCCAAUCAGUUGAGAAUCGACUCAAUUAUGGCCACAAACGCCUCCAAAUCAGGACAUCCCACGUCUUGUGCAUCAAUGGCUGAAUUGAUUUCAGUCUUGUUUUUCCAUACAAUGAAGUACUCGAUUAAAGAGCCAAAGAGUGGAUCCAACGAUCGCUUUAUUCUAAGCAAAGGACACGCGGCGCCUAUACUAUACGCGGCGUGGGCUCGCACUGGACUCUUCCCCAUCGAAGAUGUCAUGAAUUUACGUAAAUUGGAUUCAGAUCUUGAGGGACACCCGACUCCCAGAUUGAAUUUCAUUGAUGUGGCGACCGGUUCGUUGGGACAGGGACUCAGUAUAGCCGCUGGGAUGGCAUAUGUGGGCAAAUAUAUAGACAAAAGUUCGUAUCGAGUCUAUUGUCUGAUGGGAGACGGGGAGUCCGCUGAAGGCUCUGUAUGGGAGGCCCUGUCCUUCGCAAGUGUUUACAAACUGAACAAUUUGGUCGCUAUUUUCGACGUCAACCGUCUCGGACAGAGCGAUCCAACCCCUUUAGGCCAUCAAAUGGAUGUAUAUCUCAACCGAUUGAAAGCCUUUGGCUUUGAUGCCCACGUAGUGGACGGCCAUAAUGUGCAAGAAAUUGUCGAAACCUUUAAUAAAUGUACGACCAUUACAGACAAACCACAAGCAAUCAUUGCGAAGACAUUUAAAGGUAAAGGCUUUGAGGGCAUUGAGGACAAGGAUGCCUGGCAUGGGAAGCCUUUGGGUGAUAAAGCAGAACAAGUGAUUCAAGCUUUGCGUCAAAAGAUUUCAACUAAAAAAUAUGACUUUACUAUAAAACCCCCUUCCGAUGUGUGUCCGGUUGCGAAUCUGAAAUCUGUUAAACUGUCGGAACCGCCGAAGUAUAAAAUAGGAGACAAUGUAUCGACUCGUCAGGCGUACGGUCCGGCACUCGUCUCAUUGGGAAAGACGUGUCCGCGUGUAUUGGUAAUGGACGGCGACACC